GGAAAACCCAGCAUUGCCAAAUUUCAAUUUUGCUGAAACGGAAUUCGUUUCAUGCAAAGCGAAUUCUCUCCCCCUCCCACUCACACUCUCCGUGCCACUGGACCCUCAUUCUCAGUCACCCACGCUUGCCUUCGGUUCCUUCUGUGUCCGAAUCGCGCAGAGAGAGAAACCAGAGAAUCAGGGUUUGACUUACACCUUCUUGAGUUACUGAAAGGAGGGGUCUUUUGUUUUUCCGAGGAACUUGAAAGCACUUUGGAACUCUGAAAUUGAUGGAGGAAGACCAUUCUUCAACUAUUUUAGAUGCUGAAGUUGUUGGGAUCAGAUUUAGUCUGGCUACAUUUCAUGAAAUUUGUACAGCAUCGGUUAAUGACUCUUCAAUUAGUCAUGCUAGUCAGCUGUCAAAUCCAUUUCUUGGGCUACCCCUUGAAUUUGGAAGAUGUGAAUCUUGUGGCGCUUCUGAAGCUGAAAAAUGUGAAGGUCAUUUUGGAUAUAUUAAGCUACCAGUUCCGAUUUACCAUCCAAGUCACAUUAUUGAAUUGAAGAAGAUGCUCAGUUUGCUGUGCUUAAACUGCUUGAAAAUGAAAACAUACAAGAAUCCAGCGGCAAGCAAUGGUUUAACACACAAGCUUUUGGCAAGAUGUUGUGGGAAUCCUAAUGCUUCACAAGUUACCAUUCGGGAGGCCAAGACAACAGAUGGUGCUUUUUACUUGGAAUUGGUGGUGUCUAAGUCGAAAAUGUGUCAUGGCUUUUGGAGCUUUCUGGAAAAAUAUGGCUAUCGCUAUGAAAGCAAUAACACUCGAGCUUUGCUUCCUUAUGAGGUUCUGGAAAUUAUCAAAAGAAUACCUCCAGAGACCAGAAAAAAGCUUGUUGGAAAAGGCUAUUUCCCCCAGGAAGGAUAUGUCUUGAAGUAUCUUCCAGUGCCCCCAAACUGUUUGUGUGUGCCAGAAGUUUCGGAUGGCAUCAGUGUCCUAUCUUCGGAUCCUUCCAUGACGGUGCUGAGAAAAGUGCUUAGGAAAGUAGAAAUUAUAACAAAUUCAAGAUCUGGUAAUCCAAACUUCGAAUCCCACCUAAUAGAAGCAGCUGACUUGCAGUCAGUUGUUCAUCAGUAUCUUCAAGUUAGGGGUUCUGCUAAGGCUGCACGGGACAUAGAGACUCAUUAUGGGGUCAAUAAAGAACUCAAUGAGUCGACAACAAAAGUGUGGAUGGAGAAGAUGAGAACUUUGUUCAUCAGAAAGGGUUCAGGAUUUUCUUCAAGAAGCGUGAUUACUGGGGAAUCUUACAAAAAGAUAAAUGAAAUUGGAAUUCCCCUUGAAGUUGCUCAAACAGUAACAUUCGAGGAGAGGGUCAACUCUCACAACAUCCAGUUUUUACAGGAGCUGGUUGAUAAAAAUUUGUGUCUAGCCUAUAGGGAAGGUUUGUCAAGAUAUUCGCUCAGAGAGAGUUCAAAGGGCCAUGUAUAUCUCAAACCUGGUCAGAUAGUGCACCGAAGGAUAAUGGAUGGGGACAUUGUCUUUAUUAACAGGCCCCCUACAACACACAAACACUCACUUCAAGCCCUGUCAGUAUACAUCCAUGAUGACCACACUGUAAAGAUAAAUCCCCUUAUUUGUGGACCUCUGGGUGCUGAUUUUGAUGGUGACUGUAUACACCUGUUUUAUCCUCAGUCAUUGGCUGCCAAAGCAGAGGUUUUGGAGCUUUUCUCUCUGGAAAAACAGUUGCUCAGUUCUCACAGUGGAAAUCUCAAUUUGCAGCUUACUACUGAUUCACUAUUGUCAUUGAAAAUGUUGUUUAAGAGAUACUUUUUGGCUAAAGGGGAAGCUCAUCAGUUAGCCAUGUUCAUUUUGCCAUCAUUGCCACAGCCUGCUCUUGUGAAAGCCUGUUCUCAAGGUCCCUGUUGGACUGCUGUGCAAAUAUUGCAAUCUGUGCUGCCAUCUAGUUUUGACUGCACCGGAGGCCAGUACUUGAUCUGCCAAAGCAAAAUCUUGAGGUUUGAUUUUAAUAGAGAUAUUCUUUCGACAAUGGUCAAUGAAAUUGCAGCCUCAAUUUUCUUUGGAAAGGGUCCUCAGGAGGUGAUGAGAUUCUUCAAUGUUUUACAACCUUCUUUGAUGGAAAGUUUAUUUGUAGAAGGGUUUAGUGUUAGUUUGAAAGACUUUUUCAUAUAUGGGGAAGCCAUAAGAAACAUUAAAAGGAGCAUUGGUAGACAGGAUAUUUUGCUAAAACAAUUGAGGUCAAUCUACAAUGAAUUGGUGCAGCAGCAAUUGGAGAAGUAUAUUCAAGAUGUGAAGAAACCAAUUAUUAAUUUUAUUUUGAAGUCGGGUCUCGGUGAUUUGAUUGACUCAAAAAGUGAGUCUGCCAUUGAUAAGUUGGUUCAGCAGAUUGGAUUCCUGGGCGUGCAGCUUUCAGACAGGGGAAAAUUUUAUUCAAAGACAUUGGUUGAGGAUGUGGCUUCACAUUUUAAUGGUAAAUAUUAUGAUAGGACUGAUUAUCCCUCUGCAGAGUUUGGGUUAAUUAAGGGGUGCUUUUUUCAUGGCUUGGACCCAUAUGAAGAGAUGGUGCAUUCUAUCUCAACAAGAGAGAUACUUGUGCGCUCUUCUAGAGGGCUAUCUGAACCAGGAACACUGUUUAAGAAUUUGAUGGCCAUCCUCCGGGAUGUUGUUAUUUGUUAUGAUGGAACUGUGAGGAAUGUUAGUAGCAAUUCUGUCAUCCAAUUUGAAUAUGGAGUAAAAGCUGGAGAUAAGACCCAACUUUUAUUCCCUCCUGGUGAGCCAGUAGGUGUCUUGGCAGCAACUGCCAUGUCAAAUCCUGCCUACAAGGCGGUCCUUGAUGCUAGUCCUAACAGUAACUCCUCAUGGGAAUUGAUGAAGGAAAUACUGGUUUGCAAGGUAAGUUUUAAGAAUGAGCCAAUUGAUCGGCGUGUAAUUUUGUACUUGAAUGAUUGUGGUUGUGGAAAGCUUUAUUGCCGAGAAAAUGCAGCUUAUGUGGUUAAAAAUCAAUUGAGAAAAGUCAGUCUUAAAGAGGUGGCAGAUGAGGUUAUGAUUGAAUACCAACGUCAGAGAACUGGCAAUGAGGGUCCUGAGACUGAUGCAGGCCUUGUUGGUCAUAUAUAUCUCAAUCAGAUGAUGCUGGAGGAGAAGGAGAUCAAUAUGGCUGAGGUGGUCCAAAGAUGCCAAGAAACUCUCAAGCCAUACCGUAAGAAGAAGAAGCUUGGUCAUGUUUUUAAGAAGAUAGAACUAUUUUGCAGUGAGUCUUCUGUGCCAUGUGUGUCAUUUAUUUGGCGAGAUGGUGAUGCUAUCGAUGAUUUAGAGAAAACAGUGUACAUUUUGGCUGAGGUUAUUUGCCCUGUUCUCCUAGAAACAAUAAUCAAAGGAGAUGCCCGCAUUAUCUCUGCAAGCAUAAUCUGGGUUAAUCCAGAUUCUAAUAUGUGGGUGCACAACCCCUACAAAUCUCCAAAAGGCGAACUCGCAUUGGACAUAAUUCUCGGGGAGACAGCUGUAAAGCAAAGUGGUGAUGCAUGGAGGAUUGUACUUGACUCAUGCCUUCCUGUACUUCAUUUAAUUGAUACCACCCGUUCGAUUCCAUAUGCAAUUAAGCAAGUUGAGGAAUUGUUGGGGAUUUCAUGUGUUUUUGAUCAAGUGAUCCAGCGUCUUGCAUCCUCGGUAAAAAUGGUUGCAAAAGGUGUUCUUAGGGAGCAUCUAAUCCUUUUAGCGAGUAGCAUGACCUGUGGUGGGAGUUUAGUUGGAUUCAACACAGGCGGCUACAAGGCUCUGGGGAAACAACUGAAUACUCAAGUUCCAUUUACUGAUGCAACGCUAUUUACGCCUAAAAAAUGUUUUGAGCGGGCUGCUGAGAAAUGUCACACAGACGCCUUAUCAAGCAUCGUUGCAUCCUGUUCUUGGGGCAAACGUGUGGCUGUUGGCACAGGGUCAAGAUUUGAAGUUCUUUGGGAUGCAAAGGAGGUAAAAUCAAAUGAGAUUGGUUUGGAUGUAUACAACUUUUUGAACAUGGUGAGAAGCACUGCACAAGAGGAGGUCAACAAUAAUGAAUGUCUCGGGGAGGAUGUUGAUGAUUUGUUUGUAGAGGAUUGGGAAUUGUCACCAGAGCGUGCCUCUGGCAUGGAUGCUGUGUUUGAAGCACACGAGGGUGGGUCUGAAAGACCACAGGAGGAUUCUUGGAGCUUUGGUAAGUGGACCACAAAAGCAAAUGAUCAUUCCCCAGUAGGAAAGUCAGAUGGUUGGUCUUCUUGGGCCAAAAAUAAACCUGAAACAAGAGACAUUGGUUCUGAAAGGGCGGAAGAUGAUUCUUGGAGAUCUGGUAAUUGGACAGUAAAACGAAAUGGUGAUGAUUCUACAACAAACUCAAGUGGUUGGUUGACUGGGGCCCAAAAUAAACCCGAAACAGGAGACUUUGGAUCUAAAGGAGCAAAUGGUGAUUCGUGGGGCUCUGGUAAGCAGGCAGCAAGACUAAAUGGUGAUUCUACAGUAAGAAAGUCAAGUGGUUGGUCGUCCUGGACAGAAAAUAAAACUGAAACAGGAGUAACCGGUUCUAAAAGAGUGGAAAAUGAUUCUUGGAGCUCUGAUAUGCAGGCUGAAAAGUCAAAUGAUGAUGAUUCUACAAUAAGAAAGACAGGUGGUUGGUCAUCAUCUUGGGCGAAAAAUAAACCUGAAGCAGGGGACAUUGGUCCUUCUGAAGGAGCAAAAAAUGAUUCUUGGAGCUCUGGUACAUGGACCGCAAAACCAAGUCAUGAUUCUAUGGCGGGAAAGUCAGGUGGUUGGUCAUCUGUGCCAAAAGAUAAACCUGAAGCAGGAGACAUCGCUCCUCCUGGAAGAGCAGAAAAUGAUUCUUGGAGCUCUGGUAAAUGGACAGCAAAACCAAGUCAUGAGUCUAUAGCUGGAAAGUCAGGCGGUUGGUCAUUUGGGACAAAAAAUAAACCUGAAACAGGAGACCAACAUUCUGAAAGAGUAGAAGACGAUUCUUGGAGCUCUGGUAAGUGGUCAGCAAAACCAAAAGAUGAUGAUUCUACAGUAAGGAAGUCAAGUACCUGGUCAUCUUGGUCAAAAAAUAAAUCUGAAACUAGAGACAUCGCUUCUGAAAGGGUAGAAGAUGAUUCUUGGAGCUCUGAUAAGUGGAUAGCAAAGCCAAAUGAUGAUGAUUCUACAGUAAAAGAUUCAAGUGGUUGGUCGUCAUGGGCAAAGAAUAAACCUGAAACAGGAGAGAUUGGUUCUGAAAGAGCAAAAGAUGAUUCUUGGGGCUCCGGAUUUGGCAAAAAUGAUGGCCACUCUUCACUUGACCAAGAGGGCAAUCGCUCAUGGGGAAGAUCCAAGCCCCCAACAAACCAAGGUUGGGGUGGAAGUUCUCGUGGAUGGGAUUCCCAAAAUGCUACGGCUCAUGAUGGUGACAGAGAUCAAUGGGGAAAGCAGAGUAGGGAAUUGUUCAAGAAAAAUCCUUCUGACAGUUCCCAAGGUUGGGGUUCCCAUGCUGCAGAACGGAAAAACAAGAAUCGCCCUCCCAGAACACCUGGAGCAAAUCGUGAGACUAAUGUAGGUGGACUAUAUACAGCAACGAGACAGAGACUGGAUAUAUUCACUUCUGAGGAACAGGAUAUUCUCAAAGAUGUUGAACCAAUCAUGCAGAACAUUAGACGGAUAAUGCAACAAUCUGGGUACAACGAUGGGGACCCUCUGGCUGCUGAGGAUCAAACUUUUGUACUUGAGAAUGUCUUUGAACACCAUCCAGAUAAAGCAGCCAAAAUGGGUGUAGGGAUUGAUCAUGUGAUGGUUAGCAGGCACAACACUUUCCAAGAGAGCAGGUGCUUCUAUUUGGUAUUGAAAGAUGGUCAGAAACAAGAUUUUUCGUACCGGAAGUGCCUGGAUAACUUUUUAAAGACAAAAUAUCCGGAGAUGGCUGAAGAAUUUGGUGGUAAAUAUUUCAAGAAAAGGAGAGAACAGAACCCUCCUCCAACACCAACAAACGACGAAAAAGCCCCCUAAUCUGUUAUCGGCAAGAUCAAGUUGUACAUAUGAUAUAACAUUUAUGACACACUGAUGUGAAACACAGUUGAGGCAGCAACAGUAGUUUGGUUUAAACUCAUAAAUUUUUUCUCUUUCAUGUGAGUUUUGACCUCUGUAGGAAAGGUUUGGUUUCAUAGUUUUUCUCACCUUCAGGUGAGUUGGACCCUUGUAGGAAAUGUCUGGAUGACUGUCUCAACUGUGUUUAGUUAUUAUUUAAGAUGUAAAUGGCAUAUCUUCAAGUUGUUCAGAAGACUACUUCAUAGUGAUGGCUUCAUCUUAUUCUUA